UGGAUGGCUGCUAGUUAGGUGCAUACAGGUCGCAGAUAGCCCCCUCGCGUUGUCCUGUAUGACUGAGGAUUCAAAGCCACUGUGUACAUUGCCGCUUUUGGGGAUUUAAUUCGUGCCAUUCCCCAUCUUGCACUUUGUACACUUUCACUGCUCUUUUCAGCCUGUCACUGCAUCUCUUCUGCCUCUGCGCACUUGUCACUCCGCUUCUUGAAUUUCCCAUUCCUUGCUUCUCUCCUUCCUUCCCCAUUUCAUCUUCUCCGUCUGUCCUGUGCUCCACCUCCUCUUCGCUCUGUCCUUGCUUGCUGUGGCCAUGUGUGAUAACGGGGACCACGAGGACAAACCCCCGGCUCCCCCAGUGAGAAUGAGCAGUACUAACUUCAGCAGCGCGGGAAAGGACCACACACUGUCAGCCAAUCACAGCUCCAAGCCCCUGCCCUCCGUACCGGAGGAGAGGAAACGCAACAAGAUAAUCUCCAUCUUCUCCAGCGGGGAGAAAGUGGGCAGGAGAAAAGACAGAGAUAAGGAACGACCAGAGAUCUCUCCACCAUCUGACUUUGAACACACAAUUCAUGUGGGGUUUGAUGCUGUCACAGGAGAAUUCACAGGUAUGCCAGAGCAAUGGGCAAGGCUCCUCCAGACAUCAAAUAUCACCAAGUCUGAACAGAAGAAGAAUCCACAAGCUGUACUUGAUGUUCUCAAUUUUUACGACUCCACACCCAAUGGUCGUCAGAAGUACCUCAGCUUCUCAUCAGAAAAAGGAUAUCCCCCAGGUCCACAAUCUCCUGUCAAAAAAGGCACAGAACAUUCGUCAGCCAAAGUCAAAGACAUUGACAACGGUGGUGAUGACGAUGAUGACGACGACGAGGCCCCGCCCCCUGUUGUUGCACCCCGCCCUGAGCACACCAAGAGUGUAUAUACAAGACCUUCGAUGAUCGACCCGCUGCCUCCACCUGUAACCGCACCAGAUGCAGACGCUGCCUCCAAGGCCGCCGACCGGCAGAAGAAGAAGGGCAAGAUGACCGAUGAAGAGAUCAUGGACAAACUGAGGACCAUAGUCAGCAUCGGAGAUCCAAAGAAGAAGUACACCCGCUAUGAAAAGAUUGGUCAAGGAGCUUCAGGAACUGUUUUCACAGCGAUUGAUGUUGCAACUGGACAGGAGGUGGCCAUCAAGCAGAUCAACCUUCAGAAACAGCCCAAGAAGGAGCUGAUCAUCAACGAAAUCCUAGUGAUGAAGGAGCUGAAGAACCCCAACAUUGUCAACUUCUUAGACAGCUUCUUGGUGGGCGAGGAGCUGUUUGUGGUGAUGGAGUACCUGGCAGGAGGCUCUCUGACAGACGUGGUGACCGAGACCUGCAUGGACGAGGCCCAGAUCGCAGCCGUGUGUCGGGAGUGUUUACAAGCCCUGGAGUUCCUGCAUGCCAAUCAGGUCAUACACAGAGACAUCAAGAGUGACAACGUUCUCCUGGGGAUGGACGGCUCGGUGAAACUAACUGACUUUGGGUUCUGCGCUCAGAUCACCCCGGAGCAGAGCAAGCGCAGCACGAUGGUGGGCACGCCCUACUGGAUGGCCCCGGAGGUGGUGACCAGGAAGGCGUACGGGCCCAAGGUGGACAUCUGGUCCCUGGGCAUCAUGGCCAUUGAGAUGGUGGAGGGCGAGCCGCCAUACCUCAACGAGAACCCCCUGAGGGCGCUGUAUCUGAUUGCCACCAAUGGCACUCCGGAGCUGCAGAGUCCAGAGAAGCUGUCGCCGGUCUUCCGGGACUUCCUGGGCCGUUGUCUGGAAAUGGACGUGGAGAAGCGAGGAGGAGGCAAGGAGCUGCUACAGCACCCCUUCCUGAAGCUGGCCAAGCCGCUGUCUAGCCUCACGCCACUCAUCCUGGCCGCCAAGGACGCCAUGAAGAAUAACCGUUAGCUAAUCACCUGGCUGCUUAUCGGACGCUAGCCUAUCAGCAGGCUGCUCACCUGACGUUCCCGCUCCCCAGGUGUCUCCCAUGUUACCCACUGGAUGUCCCACCAUACCCACUCCCACCCCCACCCGACCCCGGCCCCUUUCUGUUUCAGUGUCCUUUCUUUUGCUGACGUGCCAUCACACAGCAAGGCCCUCUAAAAGCCACGCUGUCUACAAGACCAAAAAGCCCCAACCCGCAGGGGUAGGAACUCUGGUGGCCUUACGAACUCUUCCUGGUUUUUGUUUUUUUCUGUUUUGUUUAGGUUUGAUAUUCAUUUGCCUUUCUUCCUUCCCAGGGGUUAUGAACUAUUUUUUUAUAAUUAUUUUCAAAGUCUUCAGAAAAAAUGUGUUGGAAAACACUGAAUCUGUUUCAUAUGUCUGAAAAAAGAAAAAUGAAAGUCUUGUUACGAAGAACCUUUUUAUUUAACCUCAGCAUGGAUCAUGUCUCUGUUUUGUAUAGAUCAUGUAUUUUUCAUUUCAAAAGUAUGACGUAAGACAGCAUUCAAAGUGUGGGGCCAGGAACACAUCAUGGUUCCUCCCAUUCAUACAAAACGUGCAAGAUGAUUUUGUGUCCUUAAGUUUCAGAAUCAGUGUUUGUAGUAACACCUCUGGCGUGAAUUUCUCAAAACCAAAGUUGCUAACUACAUCAGCUACUUUGUUGUUUUCAAUGCAUUUUCCCAUUGGCAACUACCGAAGUUGCUAACAGGCUAACAACUUCUCUUUUGAGAAACUCACCCCUGAAUUGCCAACAACAGUGUCAACAUUUCACCAGCCUCCUCCAGAAGAAGGCAUGCACCUUAUUUUCCGAUGCCAACAGUAGCUUGUGAGUGGUAGGAUUGUCACUUGUGCCUUGUGUACUUGUUCCUACACAAAGUAUUGUGCACUGUACACAACGGAGUCCCUCAUGUCACUUUCUUCAUUUGCCUGGAACCUGGGAAGAUACACUUUCAUAAGGUGAAAAUGUUAUGUAUAUUAAGAACUUCAGAAAAAAUGAAAUGGUAGGACAAAAAUUAGGACUUUUAGAAAAAGCUGUCAGUUAAAAAUUUAUGUUUAUAUGUAUAAACACUAUUUUGUUUUAAAGACUAACAUUAUAAAUAGAUCUGUUGAAAGUAUUGGUCAGGCCUUUUUGUGUGCCUUGGAUCCAACUCUAUUCCCAUGUCAAAAAUUGUAACUGUGAAAAUAAAAAAUAGUGUUUCUUGUCAAAUUCAA